UUUCAUGCAAAGAUUUUGUGACGAUUUUCAUUUCAUUGGCAUUUAGCAUGGGUGAGCUCCAUGUUUUCUUCUUCCCCUUGAUGGCUCAAGGCCACAUGAUUCCUACUCUAGACAUGGCUAAGCUUUUCGCUUCUCGUGGUGUCAAGGCCACCAUAAUCACCACCCCUUUAAACCAACCCGUUUUCACCAAAACCAUAGAUAAGUAUACGCAAUUAGGGUUCCAAAUGGAGAUCCGUUUGCUCGAAUUCCCGGCUGUCGAGGUUGGCUUGCCAGAAGAUUGCCACAGCGUCGACAAAGUCCCUUCCCCUGAAUCACUCCCGAGUUUCUUCAAGGCUUGCGCUAUGCUCCAAGAGCCGCUCGAGCAAAUCUUACAAGAGCUCCGACCCGAUUGCCUCGUGGCCGAUUUGUUCUUCCCUUGGGCUACAAAGGCGGCGGCUAAGUUUGAUAUCCCGAGAUUGAUCUUUCACGGAUCCAGCUACUUGGCCUUGUGUGCUGCGAAUAGCCUUAGAACUCACAAGCCUUUCAACGAUGUUUCAUCUGAUUCUGAACUCUUUACAAUCCCCAAUCUUCCUCAUGAACUCAAACUAACCAGAUUGCAAAUUUCCCCGGAGGAAAUGAGGAAACGCGUUUGGGAACCACAGGAUAAAUGCUAUGGCGAAAUCUACAACAGCUUCUACGAACUGGAGCGAGAUUUUGAAGAGCACUACAGGAAUGUAAUGGGUAUAAGAACAUGGUCUAUCGGGCCACUUUCCCUUCACAACAGAGACGUGGAAGAUAAAGCUCAAAGAGGGAAGAAAUCCACAAUUGACGAGCUUGAAUGCUUGAAAUGGUUGGAUUCCAAGAACCCCCAUUCCGUGGUUUACAUCUGUUUUGGAAGCGUGGCAAAUUUCGCUCCGUCUCAGCUCCACGAAAUGGCAAUGGGGAUCGAGGCUUCAGGGAUGGACUUCGUGUGGGUGAUCAGAAACAAGAGAGAAGAAGACAACGGAUCAGAGAAAUGGAUGCCGGAAGGGUUCGAGGAGAGAACCAAAGGGAAAGGAUUGGUCAUAAGAGGCUGGGCCCCCCAAGUUCUGAUUCUUGACCACGAAGCCGUGGGGGCAUUCGUGACCCACUGCGGAUGGAACUCGACCCUAGAAGCUGUCUGUGCAGGGGUGCCUAUGGUGACUUGGCCCCUACUCAACGAUCAGUUCUAUAAUGAAAAAUUGGCGACUGAGAUUUUGCGGAUUGGAAUCAGGGUUGGGUCCAAUGAAUGGAAGGGAUCAGACAGUGAUGGUGUGAAGAGAGAAGCCAUUGCAGAGGCAAUCAAGAAGGUGAUGAUUGGUGAAGAAUCCGAGGAAAUGAGGAGCAGAGCAAAGGCAAUGAAAGACAAGGCAAAGAAGGCAAUCGAGGAAGGAGGAUCAUCUUACUUAGACUUGGGCUCUUUGUUGGAUGAAUUGAGAGCUUUCCAUGCAAAACAUUAACCAUUCAAACAUAUAUUACAUUUGGCACUAAAUGUCCUUGCCCAUGAAACCAAUAAUUGGUGGUUUAAACUUUAAAUACUAAAGAGUCUGAAAAGAAAUAAUCAAUUAAAAUGCAUAAUUUUUAGUGAA